AUGAUCAGAGUAUGUAGCCAUGGCGACGACGGAAGAACGAGCGAAGAAGAAGAUGUGACCGCCGCGGUUAGAGAGAGGGAAGAAGAUCAUUUUGAAGACAGACGAAACGUCACAGUCUUUAACCCUGAAAAACUACAAAACCGCAUCGUUUCGUUCAUUUAUGUUAAACUUUUGAUGUGGGACCAUUUAUAUUAUUGCAGUUUGGUUUUCAAGAAAGCCUGUGGAAUUUUCUUCUUUUCAAUCUCAAUCUUCAUGUUCAAUUUCUUCUAUUUCUAUUGGAGUUGCUGCCACUGUUUUUGCCACUGA